GCGUCGCGUCGAUAGCGUAUUGCACUGCUGUCAGUGCUGUGGCAGACUUAGUGCAAGCUCCUAGGCGCGGUUUCUACCAGAGAAACGACUUGGCAUCCAACACAGCCAUGCAAUGCGCCACAAUACUACGGUCCCUAACAUCUGGUGCCCUCGCAUUGCCUGCACUUGCAGCAAAAGAGUGAUUAAUGUUUGUCCAGCCAGCGUCACACGGGCUCUAGACCACGACACCUCAAGUCCCUGUCAUACUUGCUUUUGGCGCCCACAAUCCGCUCGUUUGCAAGUGUAGGGCUGUGAGCCAGCCGCAAACGUCCGUAGCCAUGCAGCGAGUGAUCCUCGCGUUGAUGCUUGGCUCCGCCACGGCGCUGGCACCUGUGUCAGUGCCCAGCGCCCAAAAGCACGCCGUAGCGCGACGAGGGUUCGGCAACGCGCUCCUUGGCGGCGCCGCCGCAUUGAUCGGCACGGCCGCGAACGCCUACGAGGGCGUCUACUCGAUGGACAUCGUCAAGGCGGCCGACGCUGUGCUCGACGAAGACGCGCUACGGAGCGGCAGCGUGCAGGGUGCGCUGAACGAGUUCAAAUCCUACGCCGUCGGCGUGGUGAAGCUCCGCGAGGUGCUGAGCAACGACAACCAGUUCGACGUCGGAAACAGUGCAUAAACCAAAUUGUCGAGGCGCGUCUCAUGACCUCCACGCCAUCGAGCUAGCUUCGCGCGUGGCGCACUCACUGUUUUAUAUCCACACAGGUCGGGAAGGUCCUAAAGAAGGAAUACGACAUCGUCAAGGUCCGCGCGACCUUCAACAAACUCACCCCCAUCUGGGACGAGGACACGCAGCGCGGCGUCGACCGCCUGACGCGGGCGGUCAUUCAGGACAUAACCGAGGCCGAGGCGGCGUCCAAGUACAACGACGAGGGUGUGAGAACUCCCAAAAAACUCACGCUGCUGACCGCCAAACUGGACAAGCUCGACGGGUCCAUGCGGAAGCUCUUCGGCUACUGCAUCUCGAAGUAGAGUGUUUCCGCUGGUAAGCUUGUAGUUUCAAAAACACAUUCAUAA